AUGGCCAGUGUGAGAACUCCACGCAAAAAGACAUUUACAGGCUGCUGGACUUGCCGGUCGCGUCGCGUCAAGUGCGAUGAACAGCUGCCGUUUUGUCAGAGAUGCAGGCUAUUCGGAGUCGAGUGUGAAGGCUAUGGCGUCCGACUCACCUGGUUGUUGAGCGACGGCGAGGGGCAAUUCCAGCAAGACGUUGACGGUAAUGCCGUGAAUACGCAAUCUGCCCGAACGAGGCGUAGUAUGCGUUCAUUCGAAAAUGCGGAAGCAUGGAUCGCGCCACAAUGUUCCGAUUCGGAACUCGACGCAAUGUUGGAGAGGAUUGAUGAUUGUCCUAUUCGCUCUUCUAGACUGGAAAGGGGGCUGUUCUCAGUGUUCCCUUUGCAGCGGGACUCGCCGUGCUCACAGUCCAACCUAAACAGUUGUCAAUCGUCAAGUGUACAAGACCCAGAAGAGAGCAUUGACGACCUAGACACAAUCUCCAUUAACGUGACUCGGAAAGUUACAAACCUCGUCGCUUCACCUUUGGCAAGUAGUGUUCCCAAUCGGCAGACUCUUCACCUCAAACAUGGUCUGACACCGCUUUCACAGGAGUCUGAACCGCGACAAUUGGCUGUUGAAGACUCUGGAUGCGCGCUGUUGGAUCGGGUCGAGCAGGACAGAGCAAGAAGUGAGAACCAUACCCCGAGUCUGGUGCAGGCAGGCAUUUCUUCCCUCCCAAAGCCGACACGGCAUCUGGACUCCCUUGAGACGCCCUCUUGCGAGAAACGGCUCAUCCACCACUGGGUCACUUUUACCAGUGGUAAGCUAGUCCUCGUCGACGAGCCUCACAAUCCAUGCCGCUCAAUGAUGUUGCCAAUGGCGUUGAAGGGUGUCAUGAUGAGUCCGAGUGAGUCUACAGCCGAUGUUGCCGUCUUUCACGCGAUUUGUGCCGGCGCAGCGUAUAAUCUUUACGAGCUUGGCGGUAGGUCCAAUGAACAGGACAGAGCACUUGCCUGGAAACACGACGAACAGGCCAUUCACCAUCUUCGCCACAACCUAGCGCAGCCCGAUCAACAUCACACCAAGUCUCUGGCAAUGGCAAUCAUGGCUUGCAUCACCGUCGAGGCCAUCUCUGGCACGACUGGCAGAUGGCGAACCCAUCUCGACGGUGGAAUCGCCUAUCUGACCGAGUUGCGGAAAACCGCCAUUGGCUUGCAGAUUUCUCUCGCCUUUCAGGUCCACCUCAUUCCGAUGGCGAUUCUCUGCGGUUAUUCCGUGCCUGCGGAACUCAAGUCGUUUCUGGACGAUGGUGCAGAGAAACUAGAGUUUUCAUUCCCAUAUUACGGCAUCUCGCAAUCGCUCCUGAGAAAUCUUGAUCGCAUCAAUGCCUUUGCGGUAGCAUUAGACAGAAAUGUGCCACAUUCAGACCUAGAUCGAUUCGAACUUCAAUUGUACCUGGACUUUCCACCAAGUGCAGAUGAUCCGAAUCCAAAGGAACAUAGUGCAAUUGUCCACUACAUGACGCAAGCAUUUUAUUAUGCAUUACUGGUACACUACCAGCGAUCCAUUCGACAUUCACCAUUGGAACAAGUGCAGGCACUCGUCGAAAAGGGUAUCGCUCAACUAGAGUUGAUAGAGCAAGCUACGCAAGACUCGGCAGGAUCAGUCAUGAUGUGGGCUCCCCUUGUGCUUGGUGCUGAAUGUUGCUCUUUGGGUUUGCAACGACGAAUGUCGGCGUGGUUCCAAAAGAAGCGGAGACUCGGUAUGAGAAACGUUGCAGUCAUAGAAGAUAUGAUCAAGGAUUUGUGGGAAAAGAGAGCACGUGGAGAUCUUGAUGCUGAUUGGCAACAUCUCAUAGCCCAAGAAGAUUUCGACGUAUUUCGACUGUGA